UGGGAAGGUCCAGCAUAUCAAUGAAAGUGUUUUUGGGAAUCAAGGAUUUUUUAGGAUACCUCCUUACAGUUGCAACAGAAUGGCAGCCUCAACUGAAAUGGGCUCUACAAAAAUAACUCCAGAAGCACUGAAAGAGAUGCUCCAAUAUUACAACCUAACUCGACAGGAGUUUAUUGACUCGUACAACAUUCAGCCGCUUGUCUAUAUUCCAGAACUACCGGUUAGUGCCAAGACCACUUUCGUAAUAAUGUAUGCCAUCAUUUUUGUAUUGGCUCUUGUUGGAAACAGUUUAGUUGUCUACAUUGUUGUUAGAAAACGGGCAAUGCAAACGGCUACAAAUAUUUUCAUAUGCUCUUUGGCGGUGAGUGACCUGCUCAUCACUUUUUUUUGUAUCCCGUUCACCUUGUUGCAGAAUAUCUCAUCCGAGUGGCUCGGAGGGGUUUUGGUUUGCAAGACGGUUCCCUUCGUACAGACAACUGCCAUAGUCACGGGCAUUCUCACGAUGACUUGCAUCGCUAUUGAGAGAUACCAGGGCAUUGUCUACCCAUUGAAAAUGCGAAGACAGUAUACACCUAAAAGAGCCUAUAGAAUGCUAGGUCUUGUAUGGAUUGCAUCGGUGAUGGUUGGGUCUCCAAUGUUGUUUGUACAGCAACUAGAGGUGAAGUACGAUUUCCUUUACGACCAAUACCACGUGUGCUGUCAGGAGAGCUGGCGGUCUCUGACCCACAGGCAGGUGUACACCACCUUCAUCAUGGUGGCCCUGUUCUUGCUGCCGCUGGCCGCCAUGCUCUUCCUCUACACGCGUAUCGGCAUCGAACUGUGGAUCCGCAAGAGGAUUGGCGACUCUUCAGUACUCAGCACCAUGAACCACAGGGAGAUUAACAAAAUCUCAAGGAAAAAGAAGCGGGCUGUCAAAAUGAUGAUCACAAUUGUUCUUCUGUUUACAAUCUGUUGGGCUCCAUUUCACACAGUUCACAUGCUCUUUGAAUACAAUGAUCUGGAGAAGAAACAUGACGAAGUGACCGUCAACAUGAUCAUUGCCAUUGUUCAGGCCAUAGGCUUCUUCAACUCCUUCAACAACCCCAUAGUCUACGCGUUCAUGAAUGAGAACUUCAAGAAAAGUUGUGUGUCCACCCUUUCCCGCUGCCUCAGGAAGCGGACCCAGCAGCGCGGCGUUGUGGAGGGACCCAACCUGAGCGUCCAGUUCAUCAAACCCCUGAACAGGCAGGCCUUCCUGGAAACGGGGAAAUGUGACAUCUUAAUGCACCAACCUGUGGGAACGGGGCCAUCGUUGUCCUCCAACAGAGAGACCUCCUCGGCCUUCACUGGGGAGAGGAUGUCGACUGUCCACUCUGAGCUCCCAGCCUGCAGCUCCUCUAUGGUCAAAUGAAAUGGAUGCACAGUUGCAAGAAUAGGUUUGUUACCGGGUGAGCCACCAGUAGUACUGCAUGUACCCUAUCUGGACGGACAGGUCUAUUCAUACCGUACUAUAGAGGCUUAUGGCUAGUGAGAAAGGAUGACCGCGAGAAGAGCCCCACAAAAUAAAUGUUGGAAGCUUAAGUUUUCCCCAGUGAAAACAGUAUCACAGUAUCAAAGCACUAUCAAAGCAGAUAAAUAAGCUUGAAUUUCAGGCUCAACUAGGAUUGUGCUUGCAAUCAUGAAACACUGUAUAAUACACUGAAGACUAUGUACUGUGGUCUAUGUACUGUAACAAAGUACUGAGAAGUAGUUUGGCAACAGGGUUACAUCGCUACAGCAGUAGUGCUACAGGUUUUCAAUGAGCCUCUUCAUCGUUCAGGGACUGGGCAUGAAAUGGGGGACAAGGUUUAUCUAUUCAGAAAUGCUUACCAGAACCUUUAUCUUUUUAAAAUGACAGAUACAACAGUGAGUUAUGUGAUAUCAUAAUAACUGAGGUCUUAUUGUGUUUUAAGUAUGCAAAUCAUUGUCUAGGGUAGUCAUAAUUAAAGACAUAAUUACCACAUUUGAAUGAUUCUAUGGAAUUA